AUGUGUGGCCGGUACGCCCUUGGCGUACGCAUGAACUUUGUCCGCCGUCGGAUUCAAGAGCAAGGAAUGCCAGUCGACGAAGCGCCGGAAGACGAUGAGAUAAGGGAGACAUACAACUUCGCCCCUGGGAACAUCGGCGCCAUCUACCGCGCCGAGACCCCCAACUACAAUGUUGAAGCUCAACACGACAAAGAGUUUGAGCCAACAGACACAACUGAGCCUGAAUUACGGGAGAAGAAUGCACGUAUACAAUAUAAGCUCCAAGGCAUGAAAUGGGGCCUUGUUCCGUUCUGGACGAAGCGGCAGCCGGACUACGGCUCGCUCAUGCGAACUAUCAACUGCCGGGAUGAUUCACUGAUCGAAGACCGUGGAAUGUGGACAUCUAUGAAGCGGAAGAAGCGCUGUGUUGUUGUAUGCCAGGGAUACUACGAGUGGCUGAAGAGGGGUCCUGGAGGAAAGGAAAAGAUCCCGCAUUAUACACGGCGCAAGGACGAGGACUUGAUGUAUCUUGCUGGGCUUUGGGACUGUGUUACGUAUGAGGGCUCUGAGGAUAAGCUCUAUACUUUCACGGUCAUCACGACGUCUGCUCGUCAGUCAUUGAGCUGGCUGCAUGAUCGGAUGCCGGUAAUACUGGAGCCAAAUAGCGAAGCCUGGAAUGCCUGGCUAGACCCUACGCGGACGACCUGGUCGAAAGAACUACAGGGCGCCCUGAAGCCUUAUGAUGGCGAUUUAGAGUGCUACCAGGUUGCGAAGGAGGUCGGCAAAGUUGGGAAUAACUCUCCAGACUUUAUAGUGCCUAUUGACAGCAAGGAGAACAAGAACAACAUUGCCAAUUUCUUUGCGAAUGCGAAGAAGAAGCAGGAUGAGCCGAUAAAGGAAGAAAACGAGGACCCGCCAGUAAAGACGGUGGGGUCUGUGUCAGGAGUCAAGAGGGAACAUUCAGACGGAGCAGAUAUUGAGGCGGAUGAAGACGUUAAGAAACAGAAAACACAGGCUUCACCUGCGCCAUCACCAACGAAGUCUUCGGAAGCGGAGCCACCUGCGAAACAAAAGCAGAUGCGUAGCGCGACGCAUAAUAAAAAAACGCCGAAGAAGCCGGGGCCAAAGAAGGCCAGUGCUGGAAGUCAGCAUAUAACUAAUUUCUUCUCCAAAUAG